UGACAUCAGCCACAGAGCCGAGUUGAACGCGAGCCUCUUGUCUGAACCGGAGAGCGAGCUCACAUCAUUCAGUGGCGCAUGCUUUACGGAGUUAUGUACCUCGCGCUGUCUUGCCCUCUGAACUGCCUGCCGUCAUGGAUUGCAAACCGCGCGCGAAACCACUACUACUUUGUAUUUUUCUGUUCAUCUUGUCGUUUAUUUGCCCAGCACUUCUGAUCAUCCACCCGUCCAAUGAAGUGAACCUGUUGGACUCCAAAGCCAGCCAGGGGGAGCUGGGAUGGAUCUCCUACCCAUCACACGGGUGGGAGGAGAUCAGCGGAGUUGACGAGCACUACACUCCCAUCAGGACCUUCCAGGUGUGUAACGUGAUGGAGUACAGUCAGAACAACUGGCUGAGGACCAACUGGAUCCCCCGCCAGUCGGCCAAGAAGAUCUACGUGGAGCUAAAGUUCACCCUGAGAGACUGUAACUCCAUCCCCCUGGUCCUGGGGACCUGCAAGGAGACCUUCAACCUGCUGUACCUGGAGACGGAUGAGGACCAGGGCAGCCGCUUCAGAGAACACCAGUUCUCCAAGAUCGACACCAUCGCUGCAGACGAGAGCUUCACUCAAAUGGACCUGGGGGACCGCAUUCUGAAGCUCAACACGGAGGUCCGGGAGGUGGGGCCUGUUACCAAGAAGGGCUUCUACCUGGCGUUCCAGGACGUGGGGGCGUGUGUGGCCCUGGUGUCAGUCAGGGUGUACUUUAAGAUGUGCCCGUUCAUCGUUAGGAACCUGGCCUCAUUCCCUGACACGGUGCCCAUGGACUCUCAUUCAUUGGUGGAGGUGAAGGGCUCGUGUGUCAAUCACUCAAAGGAGCAGGAGCCACCACGUAUGUACUGUAGCACAGAGGGGGAGUGGCUAGUGCCCAUAGGGAAGUGUCUGUGUAACGUCGGCUAUGAGGAGAGAGGGAGCUCCUGCCAAGGUAAGACAAUGGGAAUGUUUUCUGUGUGGAUCGCUGUGUGA